UGCUUGUGCUUUCUUUCUGUUGUCUAAGUUUUAAUGGAUAGACGACAGCAGAUGUUUUAAUCUGCUGCUCCACACGGAGGCUUUUAAUUUCCUGAAGUGAUGAGACAUUUUACUGUGUUUUCUUCCUGUUUAGACGCAGGUGCUCACUUAACCUUACACAUCAAGAUCUUGGGGAAAUGUGGCGUCGUUGGAGGUGGUUUCAUGAGGCUGCAAAUACGUUUGUGAGAUGAAGAAUAAAACGAAUGUAAUCAUGGAUGUCUCCUGGGAGUAGAAAGUGAAGGAAGAGAGAUAAACACGCUCUCGUUAUCCCGCUGUGCGCGUCGUCACUUCGCUGCAGGUUUAUGGAGAAAACAGGGGAUGCGUCUCGUGUUGCGCACAUCCAGAGCUGAGGUUUGAUGGAGGAGACGGACAAAACAACACGGCGCGCUGUCUUUAAAUGAACUGGGAAAUGCGCACCGGGCACGGACAUGGAGGAGGAGGACAUGGAGCCGGACUGAACCUGAACCCACGUCCCGUUUCUAACUCGAAUCAAAACAAAGAGCUGAAGGCUGAUGAGGAGACAACUGUACCUGUUUAUCAUGUGGAAUCAGCUGGAUCUGAUCUCUGAAUGUGAAAGGACAUUUGUACAGUGAGGACAGUGAUGCUCAGUCCGGACCGUGCGCACCCCGGGGUGCCCCGGGGACACGCGGACGCGCAGCAGCACCUUGUCCCGGACGACGUUCACCGUGGCUCCGCACACGUGCCCGCGCUCAGCAGGGAGGAGAAGAGGCGGAGGAGGCGCGCCACCGCCAAAUAUCGAUCCGCGCACGCCACCAGGGAGCGCGUCCGCGUGGUGGCCUUCAACGUGGCCUUCGCGGAGCUGAGGAAGCUGCUGCCCACGAUCCCCCCCAACAAGAGGCUGCGCAAGAUCGAGACCCUGAGACUGGCUCUCUGCUACAUCUCUUAUCUCAACCACGUGCUGAGUGUCUGAUCAGCUGGAGGCGGGACUGAGGCCGGAUGUGACCAGCACUGCAGCUGAGUGUGUCUGGAAGCAACCGGAUACUGAUUCAAGAUGCUGUGUGGGGUUAUACAGUAAUAUAUGUAAACACUACAUGCACGGUGCACCAUGGGGUUGUUAUGGGUAAAUCCCAUUGACUUUAUUCCAUGGUUAAAGGGAGAGCUCACCCAAAAAUGAAAAUCCACCCAUCAUCUCCUCACCACUAUGCCGAUGGAUGGAGUGGGUUAAAUGUUUGAGUUCACAAAACACUUUUGGAGU